GAGGAGCACGCGUAUUUUGUUUUUAAAAUUUGUUUCUGUUUUCUGACCGAAUAAAAUGGCUCUUCUCACUGCGAAGCGCCCGAAAAAAGAAGCUGCGCCGGCCACAGACAGUUCCAACAACGAAUCUGACUCUGAAGACAGUCAGAAUGUUGACGGCGACACAGGGGCCAACGCCGGCUGGGCAGAUUGCAUUGGAAAGGUACUGAAGAGCAAGUCAGUGGGACCCACCGUGCUGUCCCGGGCCAAGAAGAAUCCAGCGGUCGUUCGUUCCAAGACCAGCGAAGCGGCAAAGAAGCCAGGAUUUGACUUUGAAGUCGUUGGGGGCGAUGUCAAAGAGGAGGACGAUGAUGAUGAGGAGGAUGGUGACGCUGACAAAUCCGCAUUGGAUGCCACGCUGACCAAGACAGAGCGAAGAAAUGUUCCCCUGCAGCUGAGAGUGAAGCCCAGCUACCAGGACUUAGAGAGGGAAAGAACACUACGCAAGGUGGCCACUCGAGGCGUGGUCCAGUUCUUCAACGCAGUGCGCAUUCAGCAGAAGGAUCUCGAACAACAGCUGGCAGAUGCAGGGCCACUGGACAGUCGUCAGGAUGCAGUGCUCAAUAAUAUUAACAAGAGAAAGUUCCUGGACGUGUUAAUGAGCGGCAAGCGGGCCAAGUCCACGGCCAUAGACAAUGCUGUGAAGAAGGAGGAGCAAGAGACAGAUGAUGAUGACGAAGAUGACACAGCAGAGGCGUCUUCAACUGGAAAAAAGAAGUCUGAGUGGAAUGUACUGCGAGAGGACUUUAUGACCAACAAGAAAAUCAAACACUGGGACGAGGAAGAGGAUGAGGGCAGCGAUCAGGGGGCCAAUAACGAUGAGGCGGACGAUAGCGACGACGAUGAUGAGGAAGAUUAGUGUUUAAUUACUUUAAUAGGCCUUAAUAAAUAGUAGUUUUUGAUUUGUAA